AUGGAAACAAGACGAUACGGUGCUGAAUGGGUGGACAGCAACAGGUCUAAGCUCAUUCAAAGCGUCACUUUAGUGAUGCCAAUAGCAGAUGAAAUGAGACAGCAAAGCAUGAUCCGUGAAGAGACAUACAACAAAAUUGAUGCUGCAACAACAAGCCAGGACAAGAUGAGGGAACUGUACAAGGCCCUGACUACUCAAGAAGUCAAAUCUGCUUUCUACAGAAACCUCCAAGAAAUUCAGCCGGAGACAUGUGAAACAGAAGAUGUUAUCAAGAAGGCCAUCAACAAGAACAAAGAAUAUCUGAGGCAAAAGUGUCAGUGGCAGUUGGAAGGCACUGAAAAGUCUUCUAUCGAGGAAAAAUCAUUGGAUAAAAUUUACACAGAGCUUCACAUUAUAAAAGGGGAGAGUGAACAUGUCAAUGAACAACAUGAGAUCUGGGAGAUUGAAGAUAAAGCGAGAAAUCAAACUGUUGAGGGUACAAAAAUCAACUCUAAUGACAUCUUUAAACAUGAGCAAGACGACAAAGAAGUGAAAGCAAUUCGGACUGUGAUGACAAAGGGGAUCGCUGGCAUUGGAAAAACUGUCUCUGUGAAGAAGUUCAUCCUUGACUGGGCAGAUGGAAAAGCCAAUCAGGACUUGGACUUCAUCUUUAUGUUUCCAUUCAGGGAGCUAAAUCUGGUCCAAGAUGAUCAGAUUAGCUUUGAGAACCUUGUGAAAACAUUCCAUCCAGAACUUAAAACCAUAGCAGUUGCGAGAGCUUUGGCUGAACGUAAAGUUUUGUUCAUCUUUGAUGGCCUUGAUGAAAGUCAACUUCAGCUGAAAUUCAAAACGACCAAAAGACUGACAGAUGCUAUGAAGGAAUCCUCAGUGGACACUCUGGUGACCAACCUUAUCAGGAAACAUCUUCUUCCCUCUGCACUUGUUUGGAUUACCUCAAGACCAGGAGCAGUUCAACGCAUCCCUCGUGAGUAUGUUUACCAGUGGACCGAGGUCAGAGGAUUUGAUGAUCUACAAAAAAUAGAGUACUUCAGAAAGAGAGUUGAGGACAAAGCAGUUGCUGAAAAAAUAAUUGAACACAUAACAAUGUCACGGAGCCUGUACAUUAUGUGUCACAUACCUAUCUUCUGUUGGAUUGCUGUACAUGUUUUUGAGUAUUUGAUGCGUAAAAUGGGAAACACCAGAGUUGGGAACCAAAAAAUACCCACAACUCUUACUGGGAUGUACACACACUUCCUCCUUAAUCAGAUGACGAUUGCUAAUGAAAAAUAUGGCGAGCAGGAAGAGCCUGAUACAGCAGAGAUCUUUAAGUCAAAUGAAGAGUUCAUUUUGAAAUUAGGCAGGUUGGCUUUUGAACAACUGGAAAAAGGCCGGAUCAUAUUCACUGCUGAAGAUCUGAAGAAGUAUGACAUAGAUAUAAGGAAAGCUGGAGUUUACUGUGGGUUGUGUACAGCAAUAUUCAAAGAAGAGAGCGUGUUCUUCACAAAGAAACUUUACUGCUUUGUGCAUCUGACAGUUCAAGAGUAUUUUGCUGCUCUCUUUGUAUAUCACAGUUUUGCAAACAAAAAAAUCGAUUCUGAAAGUCUCAAGGAUUUCAUGCUAAAAGGAUCUGAUGAAGAGCUCAAGUCUAUCUUGGAAACAGUUCCAGUGGAUCUACCUUUGAAUGAACUGAUUGAAAUUACAAUAGCUAAUUCGACUCUGAGAACGACCGGAGAACUGGACAUGUUUCUCAGGUUCCUUAUUGGCUUGUCUCUGCAAUCAGCAGAAGAACCACUCCAAAGUCUGAUUCAACAGACUGAAGAACACUCUGCAAAUAUUGAGGAAAUUCGUUCAAGUCUGGUAGAUAUAGAUUUAUAUGACUGCUCAGCUGAAAGAUGUCUAAACCUUGUCCACUGCCUGACUGAGUUGAAAGACAGUUCCCUACAUGAUUCAGUACGAAAGUAUCUGAAACCAAAUUGUUUUCCUGAAUCACCACUCUCUCCUGUUGAGUGUUCAGCUCUGGCUGACCUGAUUCUGAUGUCAAACACACCUCUGGAUGAAUUCAAUCUCAAGAAAUACAGACCAUCAGGAAGAGGUAUCUUUAGACUUCUUCCAGCUGUGAGAAACUGCAAAAAAGCAAGAAUCUCAGGCCUGGACCUUAGUGUUUCGGAAUAUAAAACGAUCUCUUCAGCUCUUUGCAUACCACGCUCAGUGUUGACUGAGCUGCACCUAGUCAAUAACACAUUUUAUAACAAGGACCACGAAGGUGCAGAAAUCUUGGCUGAUGGGCUAAAAAAUUCUCAGUGUAAACUAGAGGCUCUAAGUCUUUCUGGUAAAGAACUCUCAGAAACACAGGCUGAAGAUUUGGCAUCAGCCAUCAAAUCAGUCAUUUCAAAUCUAAGAGAACUGGAGUUGAGUGGCAACAUCCUGAGGGACUCACUAUGCUCUGUGCUGUCAGUUGGAUUAGGAUGCCCUAAACUGGAGAAGCUCAGACUGAACCGAAAUCCCAAGCCUGCAAAAAUCUGCCAAGAGUUAGUGGCAGCCUUCAAAUCCAGCACCUGUUGUCUGAGAGAGCUGCAACUGAACUUUGUCAAUUUUAAAGUCUCAGAAAUGAAGAUCCUGUCAGCUGGGCUGAUGAGCCCGAACUGUAGACUGGAGGCAUUAAGUCUCACUCACAACAAAGUCAUGGAGAAAGGCUGUGAGAUGCUGGCCUCAGCACUCAGCUCCAGACCUUCCCACCUGAAAGAGUUGGACCUGAGCUACAAUGACCUACAAGACUCGGGUGUGAUGGAACUGUGCAAUGCACUGACAAGCCCACACUGUGGUUUACAAACACUCAGGCUAUCAUUUUGUAAAGUGACAGAUGAUGGAGGCUCCUCUUUGGUCUCAGCUCUAAACUUGAACCACUGCAGUCUCAAAAAUCUGGACAUCAGCUUUAAUGACCUCACUGAUGACAUAGUCCAGAUGCUGAAGGAAAAACAGAGGGAUUCAUGCUGCAGUCUGGAAAAACUCAAUGUGGACCAAAACGCAGAAUGCUGGGUUGACCUGAAGCUGCUGAGAGAGUAUGCCUGUGACCUAACACUUGACCCAAACACAGCAGGUGGGAAUAUUAUUUUGACCAAGGAGAACAAAAUGGCAGAAUAUGUUCCAGAGAAGCAACCAUAUCCUGAUCAUCCAGACAGAUUUGAUGCCAUCCAGGUUCUCUCUGAAGAAGGUCUGACAGGUCGCCAUUACUGGGAGGUUGAGUGUUUAUGGGCUGAUGUUGGAGUGGCAUAUAAAAGUAUUGACCGGGUGGGAGACUCUUCCUCUGAAUUUUCUUUUGGAAAAAAUGAAAAGUCUUGGUGCUGGAUGAAUGAUGGUUGUUUUUAUCAUAACAAUUCCUGUAUAAACUUUGUAGACUGUGCAGCACUUUCUAGUCAUAUCAUAGGAGUUUAUCUGGACUGGCCGGCAGGGAUUUUGUCCUUUUUUGAAGUCUCUCCUGAUACAGUUACCCACCUGUACACCGUGCACACAACCUUCACUGAACCACUCCAUGCUGGUUUCAGUCUGGAUAAUGGAUCAGUUUACCUCUGUAAAAUAAAGUAAGUAGACAUUUUGGAUGAAAGGAAAGGGACCCUAUUUGAGUAUAAGCAUACAGUAUACCAUACAUUGCAUUACAGUAUACUACAGCCCUGUCACACAUGGAACAAGUA